AUGCACCACCGCCACCAGCGCCCACCGGAGAUUUGUAACCUCGCUCGCCUUAACCGCGCGUUUCGCGGCGCCGCCUCCUCGGACUCAGUCUGGGAGGCCAAGCUGCCACGCAACUACCAGGAUCUGUUGGAUCUGUUCCCGCCGGAGCGCCACCGGAAUCUCUCGAAGAAGGACAUUUUCGCGCUCCUCUCACGGCCCCUGCCCUUCGACGAUGGCCACAAGGUGGGUGGUGCUCUCCAGGAAGUGUGGCUGGACAGAGUCACGAGAAGGGUUUGCAUGUCGAUUUCGGCGAGGGCGAUGGCGAUUACUGGAAUUGAUGACCGGAGAUAUUGGAAUUGGAUUCCUACUGAAGAAUCUAGGUUAGAUUUACUUGUCUUUAAAGCUGUAUCACGAGAAAGAAGAAGGAUACACUGAUGAUAAUGUGUUUCUU